CGUGGGAUGUUGGCAUUGGAUGUCAUUAUCUUAUUCAGUAAAAUCUAAAUAUAACCAAAAUUGAGGCUUAAUAAGAUCUUCGUGGUAUACUGAGAGUUCGUCAACUUGUAUAGUUGCAAUUUAUGACAUCUAAGUUAACUAAUUGUAGCCAUAAGCAAAGCGACGGAAUCGAACACAUAAGAAGUUUGACGUGGGAGAUCUGCCAACUCGACAAUAUUGAUAUUGUUCUCUUCGUGUUUACCUAGAAGAGACAUUCAUUAGUCAUAGUGGUAGCUACAAUGGAAUGAGAGACCACAAAGAGUUCAAAGGCCAUCACUUCUAAACCAUCUGGACUAAAUGAAACAAUAGAUUGUAUCAAGUUGUACCAUUAUUCCAAUAAACGUUGUGGGACUCCAUCAAGAUCAGAUGGACCAAUAUCAGACAGUCUGCCCAUUUAGGAUGAAGUUCCAAUGGCGUUCAUUUGGAUACAAGUCAAAGGUGGUGGUGUUGUGUUCUGUUGCAAACUUCAUCAAUGCAGCAGACAGAGUGCUCAUGCCUCUGGCCAUUGUGCCUAUGGCUAAUGAAUACAAAUGGAGUCUCUACUGGCAAGGAUGGAUCUUAUCGGCAUUUGCGUUUGGUUACUUCACAAGUCAGAUAAUAGGGGCCAAUGCAGUGAACAAAUAUGGAGGUCGGAGGGUGCUGUGUUUUGCAGUUUUGUUGUGGUCGCUUUCUACCAUUGUAACACCUUUGGCUGCUGCCUACUUACCGGCCCUCAUUAGUGCAAGAGUUAUUUUAGGCUUAGGAGAAGGACUUGGAUUACCCACAAUAUUCCAGUUAUUCGCACAACACAUUCCACCUGAUGAACGAAGUAGAGCUUUUGGUUACAUGGUUGCUGCUGGGUCAGUGGGACAGACUGUUGCAUCCCUGUUUGCACCACACUUGGACUGGCAUGUGUCUUUUGAAAUAUUUGGAUGCAUAGGACUGUUAUGGGUGGUUUGCUGGCUGCUAACAUACCAUGAUCCACCAAUACAUGCAGAUGAAGAAGGACAGCAACUUCUUGAGAAGGAAGUUAUGUGCGUUUCUUGGAUAGAAUGGAUAAGUCACUGGUCAUUAUGGUCCAUUUAUAUAGCUCACUUUGCCAUGAAUUGGAGCAACUACAUCAUAAUGCAGUGGCUGCCAACGUACCUUUCAAGAACGCUAGGGGCCAACAAGGAGAGUAUGAGUCUCACAGCAGUGCCUUAUAUAAUCAGCUCACUCUGUGGAGUAGCUUGGGGCCACAUUGCUGACCAGAUGAUCAAUGUUGGGUGGCCUGUCCUGAGAGUACGGCGCUUAAUGACCUUUUUUGGACUUGUUGGACCGGGACUGUGUCUUGCUUUCUUCCCUGAAGUCUCUAACCUGGUGGUUGCAGUUCUGGUGAUAUCACUGGCUAUGGGACUUUGUGCUGCUAAUUCAUCUGGACAUUUAAGCAACCAUGCAGAUGUAGCACCAAAUCAUGCUGGCAUUACAUUUGCCAUAUCAAAUACUAUAGCAACAAUACCAGGAAUUUUAUGUGGUCCACUGACAGCUGAAUUAGUGGUAGCAUCACAUGGUCGCUGGUUUCCAGUCUUCUUCCUUGCAGGGACAAUCAACUUCACAGCUGCUAUGAUAUACUAUACACAGAGUUCUGCCAAGCCUGUUCUAUGACACAAAGAAAAUUUACAUAGCACAGAAAAAUGAUUACAUCUCUCUUUUUAUGGUAGUUGACACUUACAGACACUGACACUAGAGUGCAGAAAAGUGGAUAUAUUGUACUUUUUAUGGUGGUUGUCAAGAACACUUACAGUACAGAAAAAUGAAUAUAUUUUACUUUUACAGUGGUCUUCAUUACAAUUAAUUACCAUAAAUUCAAGGGAUUCAUAGUUCUGAACAAAUUUGUAUUAAUAUACUUCAUCCCAGAUAUUGUAGACAAUACUUGUUUCUAGCAUGUGUCCUUCUUUCAUUGGUAAUGUACAUAUAUUAAGAUCAGAAAAAUGCAAAAUAGAAAUAAUUACCUUUACAAAGGUAGUUAUUCUAUAUUAUUGUGUGAAUAAUUUUCUUUCAUUUUUUAUAGUAUAAGGAAUAAGGAGUUGUAUUUCAUGUUAGGAUAAGUUGCGUAUGUUCAACAUGAUAAGUAUUUAACUUUUAAUCAGUGUGCUGGUAGCACAGGACCCUAAGAAAUAUCUGUAAGAAGUCAGAUCAUGUGUUCAUUGUUUGUUCUUAUUUUAUUUUAUUUCCUUUCAGUUGGGGUGCCAAAAGAAUAUAUGCACUUUUUCAAAUUCUUGCAUUUAACUUCCAAACUUUGAGUAACUUGUAACAGAUGAAAAAAAUACUGUGAUAUUGUAUCAGGUGUUCUAGAAGAUAUGUAAUUUGCAUUUUGUUUUCUUUUUCUUUUUUGUUUUAAUAAAACAUUAAUUCAAGAAGGUUCUAUUUCCACUUUGAAAUAAAUGCAGUUGUAAUCAAUUUUCACAAAGAUGACUUGUUUAGUAAAAAAAUAGAAAUGAUGCAGUGUAUGGAAACAAAUAUACCUAUUAGUUUACUGCAACAUAUGCCUGAAAUAAGAUUAAAAAUGUAAACAGUAA